AGGACGAUAACUGCUCCUUCACUUCCUUAAUCAUCAUCGUCUAUCCAUCCUUGCAAAAUUUUAUAUUCUCGCGUACCAAUUAUUCUAACUUCUUUUUCGUUCGCUCAAUUUUAAUACUUGAAGAACCAAAAACACUUGAUCAUUUUUGUUAUACUCUUGCCAUUCUCAAAAAUAUGGAUCAUGAUAACGAAACAUACAACUGCCAAAUUAAGUUGAGAGAAAAUCCUGAAAGCAGAAAAGAAAGGGUUUUGGUUGGAUGUGGAGCUGGGUUUGCAGGAGAUAGAUCAAUGGCAGCUUUGAAAUUACUUCAAAGAGUGCCAAGGUUGGAUUACUUGGUACUUGAAUGUUUAGCAGAACGAACACUAGCUGAUCGUUACCAACUUAUGCUGUCUGGUGGCCCUGGUUAUGAUCCUAAUAUUAGCGUUUGGAUGAGUUUACUACUGCCUUUGGCUGUGGAGAAAGGAACUUGUUUAAUUACCAACAUGGGUGCAGUGGAUCCACUUGGUGCACAGAAGGAAGUCUUGGACAUUGCUAACCACCUGAGCCUUAGUAUAGUGGUUGCUGUUGCUUAUGAGAUUGCACCCCCAAAUUCAGGAUUGGAGUCUUCAUUUCAUAGCAUAGAAGGUGGUGUUAGUACAUACUUGGGAGCAGCUCCGAUUGUUCAUUGUCUGGAGAAGUACAAACCCCAUGUUAUAAUUACUUCACGCGUUGCUGAUGCAGCUUUGUUUUUAGCUCCAAUGGUUUAUGAGUUAGGUUGGAAUUGGAACGAUUUGAAGCAAUUGUCGCAAGGGUCUUUGGCUGGCCAUCUAUUGGAGUGUGGUUGUCAACUCACAGGAGGUUACUUCAUGCAUCCAGGGGAUAAAUACCGGCAAAUGACAUUUGAACAACUUUUAGAUUUGUCACUCCCCUUUGCUGAAGUUAGUUUUGAUGGGAAUGUGUGGGUAGGAAAGGCAGAAGGCAGUGGAGGGGUUAUAAAUUUUAGUACUUGUGCUGAACAACUUCUUUAUGAAAUUGCGGAUCCAAGUGCUUAUAUAACUCCUGAUGUGGUUAUAGAUGUCCAAAAUGUUUCCUUCAGCUCAUUAUCGAUUGAUAGAGUGCUCUGCACCGGUGCUAAACCAUCAGACACAUUCACUACCCCAAGCAAACUUCUCCAGUUGAUGCCCAAGGACGUUGGGUGGAAAGGUUGGGGAGAAAUAUCUUACGGAGGGUAUGGAUGCAUUGAGCGAGCAAAAGUAGCUGAGUUAUUGGUUAGGUCGUGGAUGGAAGAAGUAUUUCCUGGUGUUAGCAACAAUAUUGUUUCUUAUAUUAUUGGUUUCGACAGUCUUAAAGCAACCGAUAAGGAUGACUUAACUUUGAGAGGAAGGAGGGAUAAUGAAGAUAUAAGACUACGAAUGGAUGGAUUGUUUGACAGGAAGGAGCAGGCAAUCCAUUUUGUGAAAGAGUUUACGGCACUAUACACCAACGGACCAGCUGGUGGCGGUGGGAUCAGCACAGGGAACAAAAAAGAGAUUGUUCUUGAAAAGAAAUUGGUUGGACGUGAAUCUAUUUUCUGGCGUACAGGAGCUAAGCAAACCAAAAUGGCAGAGUCAUGUAGCCGUUUUGAAUAUCCGGAGAAAACUCAUGAUGUAAAUGCAGCACCCACAUGGAGAAUUUCGUCAGAUUGUCCGUCCUCAUUAGUGCAAUCUUCAGCCAUGAAUCCCAGCCUUGCUCCAUCAGGCCAAAAGAUUCCUCUAUAUCAAAUAGCUCAUAGUCGGGUUGGCGAUAAAGGCAAUGACAUGAACUUUUCUAUCAUUCCUCAUUUCUUCCCAGACAUUGAGAAGCUGAAGCUAAUUAUAACACCCAACUGGGUAAAAGCUGUGAUUUCAUGUCUUAAGGAUUCAUCAUCAUUUCCCAGCAAGGAAGAAAUUGAGAAGAGAAACAAAUGGGUUGAUGACAAUGUAGAUGUUGAGAUUUAUGAAGUGAAAGGAAUUCAUUCUCUCAACGUUGUAGUAAGAAACAUUUUGGACGGCGGAGUAAACUGUUCGAGGAGGAUCGAUCGGCAUGGGAAGACUUUGUCAGAUCUGAUUUUGUGCCAACAAAUUGUCUUACCUCCGUGAUAGAAGUUUCUGGUUUUAUACCCCCACUAUAGUAGUUUUCUAAAUGCAAAACGUUUGUAAAUUGAUUUGUUAUUCUUGCCAAAUUAUAUAUUCGUCUAAAGCUAUAUACAAAUCUAUGAUUUUAAAA